AUGGAUGACGUAAGGAAUUUCACGAGCCCUGACUUGAUGGGGCUCCCUUCAGCGAAUAAACGCAAACUUGGUGGUGGAGGGGAAGACGACGAAGGGCUUUUAUCCUCCGCAAAACAAUGUAAAAGUGAGGACCAGACGUGGGUGGCCGAUGUACCUGGUCAAAAUUUAAACUUACCAAAACCGUCCAAACCCUCCCGUCUUGAAGAAUUAGCAUCUGUUGCUCCGCCGGAUUGGGCUGCUCAACGUCCGGCUCUAUUAACGACUUUACUCGAGGAUGAUGACGAAGUGGACGACGAAGAUUUCGACGAUGAAGAAGAGGAACGAAUAGAGGGAAAAUAUUUACCCGCUGGAAAAUCAUACUCUUGUAGGUAUUCUUCGGAAGAUUCGUGUUUCAAUAAUAAAAAUUCUGGUUACGAGGAUCAAGGAUAUUCGGGCGGUAGUAGUAGUCCGGUGCAUUACGUUAGUCGAUCCUCUUCUUAUUCUUCUACGAAAAAUUCUCAGUAUUGGGGAGGAUAUCCCUCAUCGUCUCCCCAGCAGACGAUACGAUGUGAAGAAAACGGUAAAUCGUACCUGGAACUGGGUCCGAGCCCAGCAAGUGCGCGAAAUAGGACGCCUAGUUCUUUAGAUAAGUGCUGUGACGCAGAGAGGACUAGUUGGUGCAAACGCGCACCUGAAACCUCAUGUUACCGCCAAAGGCGACUCGCUGUCUUUAAUCUUUCUAUGUGUAAGCUAGGACGAUAUAGACAAUUCACAGACCCUAGUCUGUUAAAAUCAGUGCUUAUAUGUAACACUUUAAGAUACAUAGAACGAGAAAUGGAACAGGAAGGUUGUUUUUACGGUGGUUUACCCGGGCAUGCAACUUGCGCGUCACCGCCACCCUUACCUCCAACUCCUUCACCUGCCGAAGUCGAUCCGACUUUUCCUCCGCCUCAGUUCCUCGAAGUGCCUGACAUCACUCCUUCUGCUUCUUCCUACAGAGCGGGUCCCGAAUUUUACGAACAAUCGGGUCGGGCGACGCCGUUUCCCCUUGCAAAUCAGUGUUGCGAUUCGGAUUCGGGCGUGGGAGACGAAGACAAUGCUAAAAGUAUUAACUGGGGUUCGGUGCUAAGUUUGUCCAGUCAAUCGGAUUUGGAUCCGAUGAACAACAACGAACUAUUUUCGGAUUCAUCGACGACUCAAGAUUUGGUUCACGAAUUCGACGAUUUUCUACCCACGUGGAAAUUGACUCCCGUGAGCGCGGACGAAGUACUCAAAUCUGCAACGUCAGAUACAUCUCCAUCUCUGUCACCUUGUCAAAUUCAGGGACAAGAAAUGGAACUCAUGCAGGUACUAGUGAGUUCAUAG